ACCACCUACCACGCAGAAAAGAAAGCGAUUACUACUGGUAGGUAAGGUUAGCUUACUCCAAAUAAUAGCACCAAGGAUUAGCCAUCCCUGUCUGAAGCAACAAGACCAGACGGCCAUCGGACUUUUUCGGGGAUCCCGAUAUUCCAUCAUCCACCCGGUUUUUGUUGGGUACGCACCACGAAAUGCCGCUGCGCAAAAAAAGAGGUCUAGCUUUGCGAGCCGACUAUGCUUUGUACAAUAGCAUCUGCAUCAUCCAUUAGACGCCAAGUGACCAAGCUUGCCGCUGGAUCCUGGCCCCAAGAUCCCCGUCGGAGCGAUCGGAAUACGCGAGUUUGAAGAAAGACGGGCAACUAACUAGGUAGGUGUGCAAGUGGGUCGAUCAAUCAUUCGGGCAGUAAAAAGAGCUGGGGUUCAUCUCCCCUUUCUGUAUUGAUUGACUUUGAUUGUUCCAUUUCAAACAACAGAUGAUAGAUAGUUCAUCCCGAUUACCCUAUUUCAAGUGCAAGAGGAUAGGACCCCUAGAGACCAUGAUUCCCCCUUACAUCGAGCCAAACGUGCUGGGCUUGGUGAAACUGACAGCAGUACUUCUUCCGAUUUAUCUGCUGGGCCACGCCGUGUACAAUCUGUUCUUCCACCCGCUGCGUCGCUUCCCUGGACCUUGUCUGCAGCACAUUUCGUACCACGCCUACGCCUAUAGGCUUUCCCGUGGAACGCUCGCCCACGACGUUGCGAAAUGGCAUAGGCAGUACGGUCCCGUGGUGCGCAUUUCGCCGGACCAGCUCUCUUUCAUCGAGCCAGAUGCCUGGAAGGACAUUUGUGGCCACCGCACCGGCUCCAAAGCGAAUGUCGAUGAGAUGCCAAAAUGGCCUGGCUUCUACACGGUCAACGGUCGCCCGCGCACAAUAAUCAACGAGACCAAGGAGAACCACGCCGUCCUCCGCCGCAGUUUGGCCCACGGCUUCAGCGACCGCUCCAUGCGCCUGCAGGAGCCCAUCAUUGGAAGCUACGUCGACUUGCUGAUUCGCCGCCUCAAGGAGAGGUGUCAUUCGGAGCCGGCUGCGGACAGACCCGGUGGCCUCACCACGCGCCAGGACAUCAAGACCUGGUACAACUGGACCACGUUUGACGUGAUUGGCGACCUGGCAUUCGGCGAGCCCUUUGACUGUCUCGAAAAGGCAGAGUACCACCCCUGGGUCGACAACAUGAACAAAACCACCAAGAGUUUUGGCGCCUUCAUGGCACUGAAGCUCGUCGGCUUCCACUGGCUCGUGACCGCCAUCCUCAAAUACGGACUCUCCAAGACUCGCGAGGACCACAUGAGGAGGACCAUGGCCAAGAUUGAACGCCGCGCCUCGCUGACGGUAGAGCGCCCCGACCUGAUCGAGGGCCUGCUCCAGCUCAAAGGUCUGGGGAAGGAGCAGAUUCGAAUCACCGCAGGCACACUUAUCAUUGCCGGUUCCGAAACGACAGCCACCCUGCUUUCCGGCGUUACUUACCUGUUACUGAAGAACCCCGAGAAGCUUGCUCGCCUCAAUGAGGAGGUGCGAUCCGCCUUCAACGACGACAACGAGAUCACACUGAUGUCGGUCGCGAAUCUGCCCUAUAUGCUGGCCUGUUUGGACGAGGCCGCGAGGCUUUACCCGCCCGUUGCCGGCGGUACUCCGCGUGUGGUGCCUGCUGGGGGUGCAAGCAUUGCUGGUACCUAUGUUCCUGAGAAUACUGUCGUCAGCGUGUGGCAGAUGGCUGCGUACCAAAACGAGCAAAACUUCCACGAGCCUUUCAGCUUCAAGCCCGAACGAUUCAUCGAGCGGAACAGUAAGGUCAACACACGCGAUAGGUUUGAAGUUUUGCAACCUUUCUCGGUCGGGCCCAGAAAUUGCAUUGGUCGAAACCUUGCCUACGCCGAGAUGCGCCUCAUCCUGGCCAAGAUCUUGUUCAACUUUGACAUUGAGCUCGCGGACAAGGAAAAGGACUGGAUCGAUCACAAGAGUUACGUGCUUUGGGACAAGCCAGCAUUGGACAUUUAUUUGACUCCGGUUAGGCCAUAAUCUUUCUGCAGCUGGACCGCGCUGGAUGUGAUUUUUUUUCAGCAUGCAAUGUUAUUUUAAGCUUUCUUAUUUUGGUGUCUUGGAUACAUCUGAAUUUAACAUGACUCUUUUGGAAUGAAAAGAAAGUCCGUUAUGAGAUUUUAGUUCAGUCC